GACAUCGUGGUUGGCUAGGCAAAUGUGCAAGGCCAGGGAUACUAUCCUAGAAAAAUGCAGAAUGAAGUUUCUGAACCUCAGGAACUUUCAUAUCUUUGUACUGUGAAGGUACAUCGUUUAAUGUGCUUAGAGCUCAAGAAACUCAUCCAUGCAGUUUCACAGUUAUUUUCAGCCAUUGAAUCUGCUCGACCACGAUGGUCAUCAGGAAUGCAGGCAUUGUGCUCCUUACAUCUUUCCAUGGAGAAAGCCAAUUUAAUUGUUCGGCACUGUUCUGAGUCCAGUAAACUCUACUUGGCAAUAACAGGGGAUAAAAUAGUGAUGAGGUGUGAAAAAAUAAGGAACACUUUGGAGUCUUGUUUAAGUCAACUUCAAAAUCUGGUCCCGACAGUGUUGGCUGCACAGAUAUACAAAAUUGUUGAUGAUCUUAGAAUUGCAACUUUUACAGUGGAAUCCUCUGAAAACGAGGCUGGGGAGGUUGUACUUGCACUACUUCAUCAGGACAUGACUACUUCAACUUGCUUUAACGAGGCAGAAUUCAAGGCAUUUCGAAUUGCAGCUUUAAGGCUACAUAUGACAUCCCCCCUGGCUAUCUUGAUAGAGAAAAGAUCUAUUAAAAUACAACUUGAGAAGAUCCGCGAUAGCGACCGGAUAAAGAAGAAAAUCUUGAAUUACCUCUUAUAUCUUCUGAGGAAGUAUGGAAAGUCAAUUACAGCACUCCAGACAGAGUUUGUUACUCAGAAUGAGAAGCCCCUGAAGAGUUCCAUGGAGUCUGCAUUGCAUGCAGAAGAGCCAAGACCAGUGGCUCAAGCUGAUGUGUUUGAUGCACUGGAACCUCCUGACGAGUUCAUAUGCCCUCUCUCCAUGAGACUGAUGUUUGAUCCUGUUGUCAUAGCAAAUGGGCAGACAUUUGAAAGGUUGUGGAUCGAGAAGUGGUUUAAUGAGAGUAAUGUCACGUGUCCAAAGACUCAUACAAAGUUGUUUGAUUUAUCCAUGACACCAAAUUCUGCACUCAAGGACCUCAUUUCAAAGUGGUGCAUGGAGCGUGGAAUCACCGUUCCUGAUCCUAGUCCAGAGCCCACCACUGCUCCUCUACGUUUGCAGAACUUUUCAUCUUCCAGUUCUAUUGCCAGCUUUGGCAGUUCUCUAAGGGGUUUGCACCUUCAAGUCAGCAAUUUAUCACUUCGCUCAUCAGAUACUAAUUAUAGUUUGCAUCCACUGGAUGCUAACAGUGAUGAUGGCCGCCCUGGUUUUGAUUCACCUCAGAGGGACACAGUUUUUCACAGGUAUCUAUCUUCGGCAGAUGAUAGCCAUGGCAUCAAUUUGUCCUUCCUCAACAAACUUGCAGCCCUGCCAUGGUCCUCCCAGUGCAAGGCAGUGGAAGAUGUAAAAAACCAAUUGAAAGACGACCAAAUAUCUCAUUCUAUGAGUUACAUCAGACCACUUAUCAGUUUUUUAAAAGUUGCAAAUGGCUUAUAUGAUUCAAAAGCACAGAGGGAUGGAGCACAGUUGCUUUUGAUAUUUCUGAAGAAAUGGAGAAGUAAAAUGCCACCUUUACCAGAAGAUGCUUUUUACAUGUUGUCAUCUUUCCUAGACUCUGAAAUUACAGAAGAAGCUCUUGCAAUCUUUGAAGUGCUGUCUAGCCAAGAGUAUUGCAAGGCUGAAAUUGUGGCAUCUGGUGUUCUUCUUUCCAUUUUGAAAAUCCUCGAGAAUGAGAUCAGCGAAUCGCACCUGUCCGCCCUGAAAAUACUUUGUAAUUUGUCAGCAGACGGAGAUAUUGGGUACCACAUGAUAUACUUGGAUUACAUUCCGAAGCUGGCUCCAUUCUUGGGUGAUCGGAUUCUUGCAGGAUAUUGCAUCAAAAUUCUGAAGAACUUAUGCAAUAUCGAGGAUGCUGGGGUUACAGUUGCUGAAAAUGAUGCUUGUAUGACUUACAUAGGAGAACAACUAGAAAUUGGGACUGAUGAGGAUCAAGAACUUGUCAUGGAUUUUAUUUUGUCUUUAUGUAUUCAAAACAAAGAGUUAUGUGAACUGGUCAUGAAAGAGAGCAUUGUUUCAUCAGUAGUCAGCAUAUCUAUCAACGGCAAAUCUAGAGGGAAGGAGAUUGCAAUAAACUUGCUACAGCUCUUGAAAGAUUUCAGUGAUGACCAUGCUGCUCAAGAAUGUCCAAUUGCAAAGAAUACUUCAAAUCCCGACGUCUUCAAAGAAUCUAGCAAGCACCCCCGAGACAAGAAAUCAUCAUCUAAGGCAUCUGGACUAAUGGGAAGGAAAAUAUCAAUUUUCUCAAAAACCAGACGGUAGUUUUUUUAAACCCUGUGCUGAUUUCAAUGGCUCUCUUCGUAUAAGCUUAUUGUGAAUGGGGGGCCAAGGUGAUGCCUACUAUUAUAUUGAUCCCUCAAUGCCCCCUUGUGCAGGCUUUUCUACAAGAUAGAAAUGAAGAGUCUAGUUGCAUUUUGUAUUGAGCAUCUUAGUCUUUUUUUUCACUUUCAGGACAGUUUUUAUUCUUUUUACAUACAGUGCUGCAGCGAUCUGGCUCCUGUAAACUAUAGAAGUUUUUGCUAGUAUUUUGAACAUUUUAUUAAUCCAGUUUAAUUAAAAUGUACAAAUUUUGUUAAGAUUGCACGUUUCCGCGGUUAUUAUUGUUGAAAAUUUAUUGGAACCUGUUUGUAAU